GGUGCGAUCGCAAAUGUUGACCUUGCUUCCGCCUGGAACCCUAAAAGGGACCUUUCUGUGUGUAGCCGCUCUUCUGUGUUCUUCAACAUUCACUUUCCCUGUUCGCUAAAGACGAGUCAGACCGGUCUUACUACCCGAUAGCUGAAACACCAGCAAGAUAAACUGAGAUGGCAAUGUUGUGGAGGCUGCUGCUCCUAACGGUUGCUAUCACUGGCUGCCUUUCGCAAGACGAUUCUCCUGACUAUUUCCAACCAGGGAAAGCGACCGAUGAUUGCCUCUGUGUGCCCCUCUACCUGUGUGUAGAUGGAGAAAUCGUCACUGAUGGCCGGGGUGUCAUAGACCCUCGAAGAAGGCCUGAUGGAGACGCGGAGGAAUUGCCACUGGAUCAGAAAUAUGUUCCUCCCGAGUGCGGCCCCUUCCACGUCUGCUGUCGCAACCCCGAAUCAUCAACGGUCACCCCCUACGACCACAAGUGUGGAAACAGGAAUCCCGGUGGCAUCAACGGCCGAAUCUUAACUCCCACCGCAGACGGAGAGGCACAGUUCGGAGAAUGGCCUUGGCAGGCUGCUAUUCUGAAAAAUGCUGCUGGAGAGCUUAUUUUCAAAUGUGGAGGUACACUCAUUGAUGAUAGGCAUAUUAUUACAGUAGCCCACUGCGUUGAUAAAUUCCUUGACAACAAAAACAGCAUGAUCGUUCGACUUGGCGAAUGGGACACGCAGAACACUGAUGAAUUCAUGCCCCACGAAGACUUCGGUGUUCAAGACAUCUUUAUACACAGCCAGUACAGACCCAACAACCUUCACAACGAUAUUGCUGUGGUUAGGUUGAAUAAAACGGUACAAUUCAAGCCGCACAUCGAUACCGCAUGUCUUCCACAGGAUGACGAUGACUUCACUGGACAACAGUGCGUUGCUACAGGAUGGGGUACAGAUGCAUACCAACAAGGCCAAUUCUCUUUGAUUAUGAAGGAGAUUACGUUGCCAGUCAUCAGCAACGAGGAAUGCCAGACUUUGUUAAGGAAAACUAGACUGGGACCUCGUUUCAAAUUGCACAACGGAUUCUUGUGUGCUGGUGGAAAAGCUGGCCAGGAUGCAUGCAAAGGAGAUGGAGGAGGCCCCCUGGUUUGCUUCAGGUCCGACAAUAGUUACACAGUUGCUGGUCUGGUGUCCUGGGGUAUUGACUGCGGUGGAGAAGGAGUACCAGGAGUAUAUACAAACGUCAAGAAGUUUAUUGAUUUCAUAAUCUCAAAGACCCAAAGGCCAAUAGAAGAUUACUGGAGUUCAUAGACUUCUGAUCCUUUUGACAGCCUUUGCCUGAAUAAAUUCGCACAAAAACCUUUCAGAAGGCCCAAAACGGUCAGAAUAAGAUUGCAAAAGAAUAUGUACAGCCGUAUUUGAUGUUUUAACAUAUUUGUAAGGAAUGUGAAAUCUACGCAGGUAUAGAAAAGUGUGUGGUAUUUCUUCCUUGUCUGAGAAUUUUCAUUUUGAAGUAAUAAAUAGCAAAAUGGAGACGCUCGUUGAAAAAAAUGAUUACAACGAAAAGGAUUUUCAUGUUUUAAGACAGAAAGAAUUUUUUAUACACAUUUUAGAUUUUCUAAAUUUUUAAAAUAAUAAAAACCUUGAAAAAUC